AUGUACUAUUUUGGAUACGUCUACAUAUGCCACCCGACGACUGCCAAGAGCUGGUGCACCAGACCUCGUGUCCUAAAGACCACAAUCGGCCUGUUUUUGACGGCAUUUUUCACACAAUUUAGCCGUUUCUUUGACUCGAAGUACGAGAGCUUUCAGAUCGAGUGGAGGGGACGACUGGAGUGGGCCUGUAGUCGAGAUAUAGCCGAUUGGGUGCACAGUUUGGUCGGCGUUAAUAUCUAUUUCCCCACGUAUUACGGCUUUCGUAUACUAUUCGUGAACGUCGGCCCGUGUCUGGCGUUAGUGGCACUCAAUGUACUGCUCUUUCGGGCGCUUAAG